UAGGCAUGGCUGUACAAAAUCCAGAAUUCGAAGCUUUAUCCCAGUUUUUGGGUGUCAAUCUCAAAAAAUACAAAUUAAAAUACAAUGAUAAGGUCCCACAAAUCAGUGCCAACAAAAACUCAAUCAAUGGCCAUGGGACAGUAUGCAAAUAUCUGGCGAGUGCAUCAAAUAAAAAUCUUCUAGGAUCAUCGAUUGAAGAAGAGGCAGCAAUUAGUCAGUGGAUUGAAUAUCGACUGACACAGGUUGAUAGGUCAUCAAAAGAGCAAGACGUGUUGGUCGUACUCAAAGAAUUAAAUGACUACCUAGGUGAUAAAGUGUAUCUUGUUGGACACAGAUUAUCGCUAGCCGAUAUUCUCCUUUAUUAUGGAAUGCAUAGCAUUAUGUCCAAUUUAACAUUUUAUGACAAGGAAAAAUAUAUGAAUUUAUCGAGGUGGUUUGACCAGGUUCAACACAUAGAAGGAGUGCGGCCACAUGAUCUACCCCUCGUAGUAUUCCAGAAGAGUCGACUUUACACCAUGGAUUUGUCAUGAAUGUCUACUUUGUGAUUGGUGUCGUGGUGACUUGCGUAUGAAAUGGAAUAAACGAGAAACAUAUCGAUGUGUUUGAAUUCGAAUGUCACUGCACAAACCUUCUCUUAGGCCGAAGUUACAUAGACCUCAUUCGUUCAUUUCCCAGGACUCAUUUUCCCCUUUUGCUUUCGUUCCCCUGUAAAAGCACGGCCUUGUGGCGUGCAUUCACCGAGGAAUGAAAGAAAAACCCGGAAAGUGACUCGUGGUAAAUGAAUGAAUGAGGUCUAUGUAACUUCGGCCUUAGGUACUCGACACAGGUUGUAUUCACAAACAAUGACUCUUUUCUCAAAAACACUGCACGUUUGACACAGGGUUAUAAGCCUUUGUCCUGUUGUAAGCCAAGAUGUGGACAAUAGGGCAUGUGGCUUGUUGAAAAAGUUAAAUCAGGAAAAGACAUUUUACAAAAUCAUGACUGCAAUCCCAGAAUAGAUAAUAAAAUGCAGAUAAAGUUAAUACUUACUAAAGUGCUUAACACAUUCCGACUUGGAGGUCCACGAUAUCUGAUGAAAAUCAAGAUCUGCACAUCAUUGUAAAAUUACUUGUGGUCUACUGUUGUAGUGUUGUAGCCUUUGUGCUUUUAGUCAAUGCACUGCCAUUCCCUCACUUGCGGGAAAUAUUGCCCGAAGCUUGUCUCUGUAUAGAACACAACUAAAUUUCUUAACUGUCAUGUGCGACCCUGGAGGAUUUCCAUUUUUUCCCCUCCUGAAAAUGGUUUAAUUUGACAGCAGAAACGAAAAGAAAUAUGCUUUAGCUCUCUGUAUAACCUCAAACUUUCCAAGCGAGGGCAGUCCUAAGGACAACAUUUCACAUGGAAAAUGUUUCAGUUUUUUGCUUUUGCCACUGUCACUCCCCUGAAUAUUCCUCAUGAACUAAUAUCUGAAUAUUUCUCAUGAACUGAUAUGUGUGUAAUAUCAGUGUUUCGUUUUGCAAUCAAAAUAUUGUUAAAAUCAAAUCCCUGACACUGGUUGUUUUAGAGAUUAUGUAGAGGGCACCGUUCAUCAUUUUGUAUUAUAUGUGAUGGAAUUAACUUAUG